AUGGAUCUUAAAGCAAAUGUUGCACUAUUAUUACUUCAAAUAGUGCUUUAUCGACAGCAAGAGCUCUCUCACGCUGACAAGAGUUUAAAACUGGAUGAUUUACUACAGGAACCCAUUGUUGAUGACAUAAUUUUGACAAAGUUUAAUACGCACCGGUUAGUAAAGCUUUACGCUUCAGGUUUGAGUGGGCUUCAGCUGCGAACACUAAAGGGUAUUGUGAGAAGCCUGUUCAAUAAGGGCUUGCCCGAUAAAAACGCACCAGUCACUGUGGUAACCUUGGCCAACUACUACUAUUAUACACGGGUGGCAGAAUUAGAGCAGGAACAGAUACCCAAGCUGAAAAAGCAAAUAAGCGAACUUAUUCCACAACGGAAUGGAGAAAUUGGCAGAGGCCUGAAACCCUGCUAG